AUCUUUUGUUGGAGAUUCGGGUGGAUUGCUCCCCAAGUCAGAGUAUUCCCCAAGUCACUUUUCUCUCUCUAAUACCUCUCCGUCUCUCGAUCCUCUACCAGAUCGGCUUCGACCUUUUCGCCUUGCUUGCUCGCUCGCCGAUGUCGAUCUUCGAGUACAAUGGGAGCGCCGUGGUGGCGAUGGUUGGGAAGAAUUGCUUCGCUAUCGCCAGCGAUCGCCGCCUCGGAGUCAACCUUCAGACUAUCGCCACGGACUUCCAGAGGAUCUACAAGAUCCACGACAAGCUCUACAUCGGCCUCUCUGGCCUCGCCACCGAUGCACAAACCCUGUACCAACGCUUGGUCUUCAGGCACAAGCUAUAUCAGCUGAGGGAAGAGAGGGAUAUGAAGCCAGAAACCUUUGCAAGCCUUGUUUCCGCUUUGCUGUAUGAGAAAAGAUUUGGUCCAUACUUCUGUCAGCCUGUUAUUGCUGGACUGGAUGAUGAUGAUGUUCCAUUCAUUUGUACAAUGGAUUGCCUUGGUGCUAAGGAACUUGCCAAAGACUUUGUAGUUUCUGGUACAGCCUCAGAGUCUCUUUAUGGUGUAUGUGAAUCCAUGUACAAGCCCAAUAUGGAAUCUGAAGAAUUAUUUGAGACUAUCUCACAGGCUCUAUUAUCUUCUGUGGAUCGUGACUGUUUGAGUGGCUGGGGAGGGCAUGUCCUUCUUGUGACCCCGACUGAAGUAGUGGAAAGAACCUUGAAGGGAAGGAUGGACUAAGUUUGAAGAGAGAGCUACAAAAUUCUCAUCUCCCUUGAAGCUUCCAAUGUGCUGUUAGUUCAGGAAUCCAAUCCAUGCCUAUGAUUUUAUUUCUGCUUCUAUUUAGAGUUUGUGAAACUGAAAACGAGGCCUCCUGAUUUGGUUUCCAUUAUAAUUUAGCUUUAAAACGAUGGUAACUUUUUACGUUUGACACUUGAUGAUGUUCGUUUGGUUUAAGGUUACAAUUUACUAGUCUUGUCCCUUGUACAA